GGAAAAAGAAAGCUUUCGCUUAUGACAAAUCAAAAGGUAUAUCUGUCAAAAAAACGGAACCCUAACAACAAAUAAGAUAACCGAAAUGAACUCAAAACAUAGCGAAUGAACGCACUAAAGCAAAAGCGAGAACCGUACAGAGAAGGUAUAAAAUUUACAUUUAAAACGUUUAGUUAAUAUUACUCAGUUGUGGACUAAACAAUAGAAGGGAACUUUCUAAAUAUUAUUAAUAAUUUCUCGAGCAACUUUUAAAGCGAAUUUCUUAAUAUAAUAUACAAUGAAUGGUGGCAGACAUUUAGCUAAAGGCUCACCAAAACCCGCAUUACCCGACGAUGGUGUUUUUCGCUUGUAUUCCAUGCGCUUUUGCCCGUAUGCUCAUCGUGCUCAUUUAGUGCUAAACGCCAAACAUAUUCCACAUCACACUAUUUAUAUUAAUCUUAAGGAAAAACCAGAAUGGCUUACCGAAGUCAGUCCACUGGGUAAAGUGCCGGCACUACAGCUACCCAAAGAGGAAGGUAAUCCAGCUUUAAUUGAGUCACUGAUAAUUGCUGAAUAUCUUGAUGAGAAGUAUCCCGAAGUACCACUUUUCCCCAAAGAUCCACUAAAGAAAGCACAGGACAAAAUACUUAUUGAGCGGUUCAACGCGGUGAUUAGUGUCAUGAACAAAGUGUUUCUAGGUGGUAUUGAAGCAGCGCCCGAUGCGCUAACAGAGAUCUCUAAAGGUUUAGAUAUUUUCGAGAAGGAGUUGAGCUCACGGGGUACACCUUACUUUGGUGGUGACAAACCCGGCAUGUUAGACUAUAUGAUUUGGCCAUGGUAUGAGCGUUCGGCAAUGUUGAAAUACUUGUUGCCGGAGGAAUAUGAAUUGGAUAAGGAACGCUUCAGCAAACUGAUUGCAUGGCGCGAUUUGAUGAUCAACGAUCCAGCAGUGAAAUGUCAUUAUGUGGAUGGCGAAACUCAUGCCAAGUAUAUGAAAGCGCGCCGUGAAAAUGCUCACGAUUAUGAUAUGCUCCUGUAGGACUAUUCAUUAAAUGCAUAUAUGUAUGUACUUGUAUAUGGAUAUAUAAUUGCGUUACCAUAUAUAAUUGAAAGACAAAAGCAGAGAUUCAAAAUUAAUAAAUUUAUUUCUUGUAACCUACUAAGUUUAUAUAUACAGGGUUGCAAAUAAUUCAUAAAAAAA